CGACUAUCGGAGGCAGCUUCUUCCACUUAGUCUUUGAAUUACUACUAGGUAGUUAGGACCUAUUACAAUAUUUCUAAUUGUAUUUCUAGUUACGCUCAGGUGUCGAUGUACAUAAUAAUAUAAUAUAAAACCACAGAAAAACACCAAUCCCUCAAACCUCUACAGCUCUCACCAUGGAAGACACCCCAAUGGACGACGGCACCGUCGCCCUCGAAACCCCAGCCGACAACGUCUUCGUCCCGCCCUCCAUCCACCACGCCGCCACCCUCUCCGGCGAGACCUACACACACUUCUCCGCGGUACCCCCAAGUCUCCUCCCAGAACCCAACACCACCUCCCCCUCCCCCUCUAACCCAUCCUCCAACCAACCCUCCCCAACCAGCCCCCCCUGCGUCCUCGGCGUCGACGAAGCCGGCCGCGGCCCCGUCCUCGGGCCCAUGGUCUACGGAGUAUUCUACCUCCCCGUCGAGCUCUCCGACCCUCUCCUAAAGCAAACGCACCACUUCGACGACUCCAAAGUCCUAACCCCCGCCGUGCGCUCCCACCUCAUGCAAUCCCUCUGCACGCCCUCCACCGACCUAUUCGAUUCCUGCGGCUGGGCCGUAUCCUGUCUCUCCGCGCGGGACAUCGGCGCGAACAUGCUGCGCCCCGCCACCAGCGCCGCCUACAACCUCAACGCGCAAGCCUUCGACGCCACCGUGGAGUUGAUAAAAGGCGUCUUCGCCCGCGGCGUCAACAUCGCCGAGAUAUACGUCGACACCGUCGGGCCCCCGGCAACCUACCAAGCGAAGCUCGCCCGCGUAUUUCCCACGACCAAGAUCACCGUCGCCAAGAAGGCAGAUAGCUUGUACCCGUGCGUCAGCGCGGCGAGCGUGUGCGCCAAGGUCACGCGUGACGCUGCGCUGGAGGUCUUAUACGAGGCUAGGGCCGCGGGAGAUGCGGCGAGAGGGGAAGAGGGAGAAGACGGGCAGGAAAGUUGGGGCUCUGGAUAUCCGUCCGAUGCGCGGUGCGUCUCCUGGCUGAGGAGAAACAUGCAUCCCGUGUUCGGCUGGGGGCCCGAGUGCAGGUUCAGCUGGGGUACGGCGAAGGACAUGUUAGAGACGAAAGGCGGCGUAAAAGUCGAGUGGCCAGUAGAGGAAGACGACGAGAAUAGUCGACUUACUGAUUACUUCGCUGACAGCAGUAAGGAGAAAGAUGCCGAUGAGCUAGGGUCUUGGUUUGGUACUCCAGCUGGUUUAGAGGCGUUUUGACCUAGAGAAGAUUUCGUUAUUGCAUACCCAACUAAGCAUAGGAUCACGGCGUUCUGGAAGAGACAAAUAUUGGAUUAUCAAAAACUUGUUUGUUCGGAUUAGGGAUUUGUCCACGAGAAAUAUAUCUUUACUAUAUCCUGGCCCGCCUAGCCGUCUAUGAAUAAUCAACUGAACUUAUUACAUAUCGUCGUCGUCAU